AUGCUACGACUUAUUACAAUUGAACAAUUUGGUAUAACAAAAAGAGACGAAGGUCGUGUGGUCAAAAUAUCACUAACAAAUAAUAAUGGAAUGAAAAUUGAAUUAUUAAAUUAUGGUGCAAUAUUAAUGAGUGCUUUCGUACCUGAUCGUAAUGAUGUGCUACGAGAUACUGUACUUGGAUUUCGAACUCUUGAAGAAUAUGAAUCAGAUGCUCAUAGUAUUGGUGCAGUAAUUGGCCGUGUUGCUGGACAUAUAAGUAAUGGGAAGUUUGCAUUGGAUAGUAGAGAAUAUGAAGUUGGCCUAAAUGCGCCACCACAUCAUAUGAACGGUGGUACACGAGGAAGUUUAUCAAAAAAAUUGUGGAAUUAUGAAUUAUUAGAUGAAGGAAAUGGUGUAUGUUUUACAUGUACUAGCCAUGAUGGUGAAGGAGGAUAUCCAGGACAGGUGCAUUUAGAAGUUACAUAUAUAUUAACAAAUGAAAACGAAAUAGUAAUUGAUUAUCGAGCUUCAACUGACAAGCCAACAAUAUUAAAUAUCGCCAGCAAUGCUUAUUUCAACCUAGAUGGCGAGUAUCGAUUACUUGCAAAUAUUGCAAGUUAA